UUCUUUUGUCAGAAUGGGUUCAUCAACUGAUACCUCCAUUGCCACCAACAUCCCUACUCCAUCAUCAGCUCCAUCUCUUCCUCAAGUAGUAAUAACUCCCUGUGCUGCUUGUAAAAUCCUUCGUCGACGAUGUGGUGAAAAAUGUUUACUAGCUCCUUAUUUUCCACCAACUGAACCCUUGAAGUUUACUACUGCUCAUAGGGUUUUUGGUGCUAGCAAUAUCACCAAAAUGCUACAGGAACUCCCUGAAUCACAAAGAGUUGAUGCAGUCAGUAGUAUGGUUUACGAAGCAAAUUCGAGAAUGAGAGAUCCGGUUUACGGUUGCGCCGGAACAAUUUGUCAACUUCAUAAACAAGUUAGUGAUCUUCAAGCUCAAUUAGCAAAAUCUCAAGCAGAGAUUGUUAACAUGCGGUGUCAACAAGCUCAUUUUGUAGGCCUACUAUGCAUGGAAAUGAAACAACAUUCUCAAUAUCAGCAGCAGCAGCAACAACAACCCACAACCAGUACCAUAUCGCCUACUUCAUCGUUGUCGUCUUUGCAAUUGCAGGAAGAUAUUGAUGAUUAUAUGGUUAAUAAUACUAUUAGUAAUCAAUCUUCAUCUCCCGAUAACAAUUUUGAUGGGUUAAUCUUCGGUGACGCUAAUCUGGGUUCGGAAUGGGAACCUUUAUGGUGA